AUGGGCGACGAUCGCAGCAUUCCUAUCAAGGCGUCUUCGAGCCACGACUUUGUCACCCAGCUCAGCUCCUCGUUCCGCGUCGGUACACCACGGGCACAGGAAAUAUUGGCCAGGGAUCUGGCAGAGUGCUCAGACGAGGAACCGCCUGACGAGAACGACGACGAUGCUAUCGGCUCCGUCUCCCAGUCCGAAUCAGAAGAGGGUCCUCUCUUCUACCGGCGGCCUAGCGGUGUUGCCUUUGGCACCUCUCGGCCCGUCAUGAACCCCCAGACACACGCAGUCGAAGAACAGCCGGUUCUCACCAGGGUCGAGAAGAAGCAGUCGCGCGACGCAGAGCGGAGUCUUCUCCGGGAUAACCACAUCCUACCGCCCAAGAACCCGAGGACGGACCAUGAGCCAUUCUACCGCCGCGCCUACAGACGCCUGUUCAGCACCAAAGUUCCGCUCGAGCCUCACGACGAGGAGGCGCCGCAGGUGGUCGUCUGCAGGCCCACCGAAUCGACACCUCUGCUGUCUGGUACUGCCCCGGCAUCAGGCGCUGAUGGCCACGAGCACCUCAACGAGCAGUGGGAUGCGGCAGUCGCAAUGGACCAGCUCCGCACCACCUGGCAGCGCGAGACCAAGACCAUUGUCCAGUAUGCCAGCCCGCUCAUCGUCACCUUCAUGCUGCAAUACUCGAUCAACGUAGUCGCCAUCUUUGCGGUCGGACGCAUCGGCAAGAUGGAGCUUGGCGCCGUGAGCCUGGCUUCCAUGACGGCCACCAUCACUGCCUACGCGCCUUUCCAGGGACUCGCGACGAGCCUCGACACCCUCUGCGCGCAGGCGUACGGUUCAGGUCACCGCCAUCUCGUCGGGCUCCAGUUCCAGCGCAUGACGUACUUCAUGCUCAUGUGUUUUGUCCCUAUCGCCGUUUUGUGGUUCUUUGCCGAGGCAGUGCUGAGCCUGAUCAUCCCGGAGCCCGAAUCGGCGCGGCUAGCGGGACAGUACCUGCGGGUGAUGAUCCUGGGCGGGCCGGCCUUUAUCUGCUUCGAAGGCGGGAAGCGGUUCGUGCAGGCGCAGGGUCUAUUCCAGGCGACAACGUGGGUUCUCCUGAUCGCGGCACCCAUCAACAUCUUUCUGAACUGGCUGUUUGUCUGGAGGUUGGGAUGGGGCUUCGUCGGGGCUCCAGCCGCCGCCGUCUGCACGCAGAACCUUUUACCGCUGCUGCUGUUCCUCUACGUGCGCUUCGUCAACGGGUACCAAUGCUGGGGCGGUUUCAGCAAGCGUGCUUUCACCAACUUGGGCCCCAUGCUUCGCCUGGCGCUGCCGGGCAUGGUCAUGAUCGAGGCCGAAUACAUGGCCUUUGAGGUCCUCACUUUGCUCUCAAGCCACUUUGGACCGUCGUAUCUCGCGGCGCAGAGUGUCGUGUUCACGCUGUGUGCCAUUACCUACCAGAUUCCAUUCCCUGUGAGUAUCGCAGCGUCGACACGAAUCGCCAACCUCAUUGGUGCCGGGUUGGUGGACGCAGCCAAGACUACUGGCAAAGUGGCGUUCGUUGCGGCACUGAUUGUGGGCAUCUUCAACGUCAUCUUGUUUAGCAGCUUCCGGUUCCACCUGCCGCGACUGUUCACCAGCGACGAGGAGGUCAUCGCCAUCGUGGCCGACGUGCUCCCGCUGUGCGCGAUGAUGCAGGUAUUCGACGGCCUCAGCGCAGGAGCCCACGGGCUACUUCGCGGCAUCGGCCGCCCGUCUAUUGGCGGGUAUGCCACCAUUUCGGUGUACUACUUCAUUGCUCUCCCUCUGUCUUUUGGGACGGCGUUCGGCCUGGGGUGGAAGCUCAAGGGCCUGUGGCUGGGUGUCACGAUUGGGCUUGCGUUGGUCUCAUUGAUUGAAUAUUCGUUUGUGUACUUUAGCGACUGGCACAAGGCGGCCAAGGAGGCAGACGCGAGGAACCAGGCCGAGUAA